AUGGCGGGAAUUAGCUCCUCGGCGAUUGAAACACUGCGCGAUCAGCUGGCCACUGCGACCGUCCAUAUCCCGGGCUCCAAAGGUCACCGUGGAUGUCUCCCGCACGACAAUCACGGCUCAGGGGGUGCCACCUGGAAGGCCGUCGAUGAGGCUGGCGCAGCUCACGGCCUGGCGACCGUCGGUGGAACGGUGAACCACACGGGUGUCGGAGGCUUGACCCUCGGUGGAGGGUAUGGCUGGUUGAGUGGCCAAUACGGCCUGACAAUUGACAACCUGCGGUCUGCCACGGUGGUUUUGGCGGACGGCCGCGUCAUGACGGCCUCCGCAACCGAGCACCCCGAUUUAUUCUGGGCCCUGCGAGGCGCGGGAUACAACUUUGGGGUGGUCGUGGACUUCACCUACCAGGCAUACCACCAGGGAAAUCGGGUCUAUGCCGGCAUUCUGGGAUUCUCCCCGGACCGGUUGGAGAGCAUCAUUGAGCUGCUGAAUAGCCUUUUGGCAAAUCCCGAUGCGCGGUCAGGGGCCAUGUGCAUCUUCGCCCAAGCGCCAGACGGUUCGGGCCCGAUGAUCAUCAUUAUCUGUUUCUACAAUGGCACUCGCGAAGAGGGCCAAGAGCGCUUUGCCGGCUUCCUAGCUUUGGAGCCCGUCCUCAACACAGUGGACAUAGUCCCUUACCCGGUGGUGAAUACCCUGCAGAAUCCGCAAGCCACGUAUGGUGAUCGCAAGUCCUUCAAGGGCAUCUUCUAUGAGCCUCCACUAGAUCCCGGGUUUAUGCGAAGUGUGUUUAACGAAUUCAUGGCUAAGAUCCAGGACGAUUUGGAUCUGAUGCCCUCCGCAAUUAUUCUCGAAUGUAUUGACAUGCGCAAGAUCUGCGAGACACCCGUGCCGGCAACCGCACUGGCAAGUCGCAACUUGACCCAAAAUGGUAUUCUGUAUCUACGCUGGACCGAUCCCGCAAAGGAUUUGGAUCAUCGGGCGUGGGCGCGCGGUGUCCAGGCUAAGUGGAAGGCCGAGCUGGACGCGAGGAAAAGAGACCUGCAGGGUGGGGUGGAGGUACCUCAGUACAUCAAUUAUGCUGAACCGGGUGACUCCGUCGUACCCAAUAUCUAUGGUGAGAACUUGGGCCGUCUUCAAACCCUCAAGGCCCGGUACGACCCGAACAAUGUGUUCCAUAAGAUGCACCCCAUUCCCCUGCCCCCUUGA